UUGCGCGAGAGUGCGCGAGAGGUUGUCGCGGUUCGUGUAGUAAAAUCGAUUUAUUUAAUUAAGUUAAUCAAGUUAAGUGUUAAAAUAUUUUUAAAAGUAUGGCUGACGUCGAAACGUUAUUAAAACAAGCAGCAAUGCAGAUUGGAGCUGGUGGAAGUGCAGGGUUCGUAGAAGUGUGCAUCAUGCAUCCCCUCGAUCUUGUGAAGACUAGGUUGCAAAUACAGGCUACCAAGAGCUCUUUGACUACAUCCGAUCCUCACUACUACAAUGGAAUUACUGAUUGCCUGAAGAAAAUGUACAAAUUUGAAGGUGUGACUUCUUUUUGGAAAGGUAUACUGCCACCCAUACUUGCUGAAACUCCGAAGAGAGCUGUUAAGUUUUUUACGUUUGAACAGUACAAAAAGAUUUUUAUGUUUGGUUCGAGCUCACCUACCCCAUUAACUUUUGCACUAGCUGGUUUAGGAUCGGGGAUUACUGAAGCCAUUUUCGUUAACCCCUUUGAAGUGAUCAAAGUGACCCUACAAUCUAACAAGUCCUUAGCAACCCAGGUGCCGAGUACAUGGAGUGUCACAAGACAGAUUGUCCGAGAGAGUGGCUUAGGGUUCCGAGGUCUUAACAAAGGACUCACAGCGACCAUAGCAAGGAAUGGAAUAUUCAAUAUGGUCUAUUUUGGCUUCUACCACAGUGUCAAAGGAUAUUUACCUGAAUAUGAAGAUCCACUCCUGGAGUUCGGCAGGAAGGUGGCCAUAGGUUUUACCUCAGGUGUCUUGGGUUCCUGCGUAAACAUACCUUUUGACGUAGCCAAGAGUCGAAUACAGGGGCCGCAGCCGAUACCCGGAGUGAUCAAGUAUAGCUCCACCACAGGCGCCAUAUUGUUGGUUUAUAAAGAGGAGGGAUUCCGAGCUCUAUACAAGGGUCUGUUACCGAAGGUGCUGCGUUUGGGUCCAGGUGGCGCGGUCAUGUUGGUCGUUUACGAUUACGUAUACAAUUAUCUAGAUAAUAGGUUCAGCAGCAAAGAUGAUUAGUGAAUAGUGCCAGAUAUGUGUUACCUAAGAAGGUUCAGACGCAAUAACCGCGCGUUUCAAGUUUCGACCGCAAACUUAUUGCAAAGCGAUCCUCGUUUCUUUUAAUGGCUCGUUUAAACGUAAUCGCUCAUUUGUCAGCACCACAGAAAUAAAUCAAGAUAGAACGGCGACGCGUGUGCGUUGCUAAGGA